AUGACUGGAACAAGUUCUCAAGGCUUCUCUCUGCUUGAUGCAAGCAUCGCCGAGCUUCAACAUGCCCUCUCGUCAGGAUCACUCACCAGCGUGGACUUGGUCUGCCGCUAUCUGCGUCGCAUUAGCGUCUAUGAUGCCAAUGGACCUAAACUCAGCGCUAUUCCGAUUCUCAACCCAUUUGUUUUCGAAGAGUCCGCCGCUUCAGAUGCCCACCGGGCAUCAGGACUUCCUCCUCGACCACUAGAGGGAAUCCCAUUCUUAGUCAAAGACAAUAUCAAAGUGAAAGGCAUGGUAGUCGCCAAUGGCUCCCCAGCGUUCGAACAUCUUAUCGCAAACGAAGAUGCCGCUUGUGUACAGCUCCUCCGCGAGGCCGGUGCAGUUCUACUAGGCAGAACUAACAUGCCUGCCAUGGCAUACGGUGGAAUGCAGCGCGGAAUCUGGGGUCGCGCCGAGAGUCCUUAUAAUAGUGAAUACUUGGCAGCAGCAUAUGCUUCCGGUUCGUCGAAUGGAUCGGCGGUCGCUACAAGCUCAAAUUUCUGUGCUUUUUCUCUUGGGACGGAGACUGUCUCGUCGGGUCGCUCACCUGCGUCCAAUAAUGCCGUUGUCGCUUAUACGCCUUCCAAGGGGCUCCUCCCACUCCGUGGUGUCUUUCCUCUCUAUCCAACCUGUGACGUCCUAGUACCGCACACGAAGACGGUGGCUGAUCUUUUCCAUGUCCUUGAUGUUUUGGCAAUCUCUGAUCCUAACCCAAAAGGGGACUUUUACAAUGAGCAGAAGGUUGUCCCUCUGCCUGCAGUGACAACAAUUCGACCCGAGUCCUUCUCCAGUCUACAGGACAAAUCAUCAUUGCAAGGAAAGCGGAUCGGUAUCCCAUCGAUGUAUAUCGGAGGUGACGACUCUUCUAUUUUACCCGUCAGUAAAGUGCACACCCGGGCCUCAAUCAUCAGACUAUGGCAAGAAGCCCGGCGUGCUCUCGAGGCAAGUGGUGCCGAAGUUAUCGAAACAGAUUUUCCUCUCGUAACAACUUAUGAGAAAAACGCAUCCUCAGGCCAACUUGUGACCGUCGCAAACCUUCCGGAGGGAUGGGCAGCCAAGGAACGAUGUGAAGUUGUAUCGCACGCGUGGGACGAUUUUCUAGUGGCAAACGGUCAAAAGGGUCUUGAGUCCUUGACUCGUGUGGAUCCUACUACGAUCUUUCCUCUCGCACCAGGUUCUGUACUCGGUACACCCGAGGCCGCCAACAAACCACGCUGGGGCGAGAUCGUCGAGUAUCCGCAUAAUAAACCACCUUCUAUAUUCGAAGUUCCCGGGAUGCUUCAAGCGAUCCAGGCACUCGAAACCGCUCGCAAGGAGACAUUCGAGGCGUGGAUGGACAACCUGGGUCUUGAUGCAGUUGUCUUCCCAGCUAUCGCAGAUGUCGGUGCUGCAAAUGCAGAUGUGGACGAGGAAGCUUCUCGAUAUGCUUGGAGCAAUGGCGUCAAGUAUUCGAAUGGAAACCGGCCUGUACGUCAUCUUGGCGUGCCGACUAUCUCUAUUCCUAUGGGUGUGAUGGAAGAUACACAUAUGCCCGUCAGUCUCACAUUUGCUGGGAAGGCAUAUGAGGAUAUCAGUCUCUUACAAUAUGGAUUUGCGUUUGAAUUGGCGACGAAAUCCCGCGUUCAACCACCUCUUGUGCCCGCUCUUGAUUCCGAUCACAUUCUGGCCAGUGGUUCUGCUCCCAAAAAUGCCUCACAGAUUCUGGAGAUUGUUGUUGAGACACAGACAAAGGAAGUUCGAGAUUCAGAGGUCGUUGUUCACAUUGAAGGAUCUGUGAUUGGUGCCACAUUUACACACUUACUGUGUUAUGUCAAUGGCCAACCAUGCAAUACCACUGUGAAUGGCGAGAGAUGGUCCCUGAGAACAACGUACCCUGUCUCCGAGAGAGAUAACAACUGGGAAAAAUGGUCCUCCCCCGCACUGAAGCAGACUCUUGUCCUUAUUUUAGCGCACGACGAUGCUAGCCCUACAGCUGGGAAGCUAAUUAUCCUGUGA